UUGUAUUUAUCGUGUGUCGCAUUUGUCACACACUCUUAUCAUCUAAAUUCAUUUGCUGCUUCACUUCACAUCAGAGAUUUCGUGCACUCAACUCUCUUCUUCCAAUACCAAUCAUCAAUCAUGGCGUCGCUUGCAGUUACACCUGUUGUUUCUCAAAUCCAAUCCCUUUAUAACAAGACCCAAGACCCGUGUCUGUCUCAUCAUCACCUCAUCUAAAUUAUCAUCGUCGUGUUUUUGGGAUGUCCAAGUCCAAGGGGUUCGUUGAGGAGAUGAGGUUCAUAGCCAUGAAGUUGCAUACCAAGGACCAGGCCAAGGAGGGUGAGAAAGAGGUCACGAAACCCGAGGAGAGAGCUGUUACCAAGUGGGACCCAACCAUUGAUGGUUACUUAAGGUUCCUCGUCGACAGCAACUUGGUUUUUCAUACACUUGAGAACAUCAUUGACAUUGAAGAUGAUGAGGCUGCUUAUCCUUCAUAUGCUGAAUUCAGAAAUACUGGAUUGGAAAGGUGUGCUAGUUUGGCAAAAGAUUUGGAGUGGUUCAAGGAGCAAGGUCAUACCAUUCCUGAACCUUCCUCUCCUGGUCUUACCUAUGCACAAUAUCUUACGGAAUUAUCUCAUAAGGAUCCUCAAGCCUUCAUUUGCCACUUUUACAACAUCUACUUUGCCCAUACUGCCGGUGGUCGAAUGAUUGGGAAAAAGGUUGCUGAAAAGCUACUUAACAGCAAGGGGUUGGAGUUCUAUAAAUGGGAUGGUGACCUUUCCCAGUUGUUGCAGAAUGUGAGGGACAAGUUGAAUAAAGUUGCUCAAGAAUGGACUCGGGAGGAGAAGAACCACUGUCUGGAAGAAACAGAGAAAUCAUUCAAGUUCUCGGGAGAGAUUCUCCGUCUAAUUCUAUCGUGAUAAUUGGUUCUCUGCUAUCUAUAUAAUCAUUUUGUAUUGAAGUGCAUGGCGUUAUAGCUUAGAACAUUAUGUCUGUCAUAUGUAUAUCAUUGAAUUUUCAAUUCGCUAAUGAAUACUUUAUACAAUGAUAAUAUUUUACCCAAUCAGUUGCUCAGAUAUUGAGCACUUUAUA